AACAAACAGAGAAUUCAGGAAUCUCAGAUGACAUCUCACUGUAUUAAAAAGAGCUGUAGGGAGCCUUAAACCAGACUGCAAAAGGCAGUUUUCCCUGGGCUACAUUUAAAUGAGCCUAUAAGCUUUCUAUUGACAAUUUAUACUUUCCAGUUGGUGUGCAUCAGCUGUUGGGGGUGGGAAAAGCUGUUUGACUAUUUAAAUGGACGCAGUUUUGAAUUGCAAGCUGGAUGAAAUGGAAGAUUAUUACAUCUUGCUAGGAUGUGAUGAACUAUCCACGGUUGAACAAAUUCUUGCAGAAUUUAAGGUUAAAGCCCUUGAGUGUCAUCCUGACAAACAUCCUGGAAACCCUAAAGCUGUGGAGAACUUUCAGAAGCUGCAGCAGGCUAAGGAGAUUCUUAUUAAUGAAGAGAGUCGAGCUCGUUAUGAUUACUGGCGACGAAGCAAAAUUUCCAUUCCAUUCCAUCAGUGGGAGGCUCUGAGCAACUCCAUAAAAACGUCAAUGCACUGGGCUGUCAGAAGUAAAAAAGAAGCAAUGCUGGAAGCACCUGAGCUAAAUAAUAGCAACAACGUAACUAAUGACAUUUGGGCCCAACAGACUGAAAACAAUAAAGAUGGUUUAUCAGAUGAGAGAUGGGAACAAGAUGAUGCUGAGAUUACUGAUGAGAAGCCACAAUUGCCAAAGAGCCCUGACUCUCCAAGAUUUUUAGAUGCAAAUUGCUGGCACUUGCGUUUCCGCUGGUCAGGUGAUGCCCCUUCAGAGCUUCUCAGGAAGUUCAGGAACUAUGAAAUAUGAAGUGUGUGCCCAAGAUACAUGAGAGCAUGGAAUCGUCUGCUCAGCAGUGCAAUAUAUUUAGUCCAUGGUUAUAUCUUAUUGUUUGUAUUUUGUGCCUGUUCAUGCUUAUUUGAAUGUUGUUCAGUUAUGUGGCUUGUAAUACUGGUCUGUUUACUUUGUAUAAGUAUUUUAGGUGGAAACAUUUUUUUAGCUGGCCAGGCAUUACCUUUAUUCAGUAUUAGUAAAAGUAACACAUAUGUGUAAAGUGGUCCAGUGUUUUAGAUCAGUUUCCUGUGUUCUUCAUGGGUAUACAAUCAGAUGGCUCUUCUGUCAGUAUUAAAUAUAUAACCAUGUACUGUGCAUAUAUGCUUCUUUCAGAAUAAAGAACUCAUGGCAUUAAA